CCCGCCCCCAAGAACUGGCCCGCCCACCUACCCUACCUAACCUCCCCCUCGUACGCCUCAGCCCUCACCAAAACCCAACUCCGGUCUCUGCGCUCCAGGCCCACUAGCAUUAACAACCCAGACCUCCGCGAGGUGCCCCUCAGCCACAAGCCAGGCCCGUCCCCCAACGUGAAAAUCACGCCCAUCACAGACCCCCACCACCCAGCCUUCAACCAGGCCGGUCUCUUCGCCACGCGCGCCUUGAGCCCAGGCUGCUUCAUCCUGCCGUAUCUGGGCGAGAUCCACAUGUCCGAUGACCCGGCGCACACGGCGUCGGACUACGAUCUCUGGCUGACCGAUCGCCGCAGUGGAGAGGAGGGGAAGGACGACGACAACGAGGGUGUCGCUGUUGAUGCGGCGAGGAUGGGCAAUGAAGCGCGAUUUGCCAAUGAUUAUCGCGGGGUGCCUGGGGCGGUGAGGCCGAAUGCUGAGUUUUGUGAGCUGUGGGAUGCUCGUAGGGGGGAGAGGGGGAUGGGGGUCUUUGUGUUGCCGGCGAGCAAAAAAAUGAAAGGGAAGGGAGGGGGGAUCGGGAAGGGGCAGGAGAUCUUGGUGAGUUAUGGGAAGGGGUUUUGGGAUAAGAGGAGGAGGGAGGUGGAGGAAGAAGAC